UCUGGCUGGCUGUCUUGCUUCCUUUGGCAUUCCUCUUGGUUCUUAUUACAAUCUCCUUAUCCUAUUAUCUGCGUGGGAGAAGGCGACGUAAAGAAGAUCAAUUAGCAAGCAGAGGAGAUGCCGUCGCGGAUUCUGAUCAUAUGAGAUUAUUUCAAAUGAGCUCCCCUAAUGCGUCACCAAUUCAUCAUGAUGAAGUUAGAGGUGCAAGCAACAUGGAACUGGGCAGACAGAAGGAUCAAGAUUUGCCAUUUUUUAGUUUUUCCACAAUAAAGAAUGCAACAAAUUACUUUGCAGAGGCUAAUAAACUUGGGGAAGGUGGAUAUGGGCCUGUCUAUAAGGGUAAGUUGCCUCUAGAAGAUCAGGAAUUUGCAGUGAAAAGGCUGUCCAAAAUUUCCAGGCAAGGCUUGAAUGAGUUCAAAAACGAAGUUUCAGUAAUCUGUAAGCUCCAACACAGGAAUUUGGUUAGGCUUUUGGGAUGUUGCAUUGAAGAAGAAGAAAGUAUACUAAUUUAUGAGUACAUGCCCAACAGAAGCCUGGAUUCCUUUAUUUUUGAUUCAUCCAAAAAGGCACUUUUGGAUUGGAGAAGGCGCUUUCACAUUAUUGAAGGGAUUGCUCAAGGGCUUCUUUAUCUUCACAGAUACUCAAGAUUACGGAUCAUUCACCGCGAUUUAAAGACAAGCAAUAUUCUGUUGGACAGUGACAUGAACCCGAAAAUUUCAGAUUUUGGCAUGGCAAGGAUUUUUGGGGACGAUGACACUAGAGGAAAAACAAAUCGGGUUGUAGGUACAUUUGGUUACAUGUCUCCGGAGUAUGCAAUGGACGGCCUCUUUUCUGAAAAAUCAGAUGUAUUCAGCUUUGGGGUGAUCUUAUUAGAGAUCAUAAGUGGAAAGAAGAACAUAGCCUUCUUUGAAACUGAUCAUUCUCUUAACUUACUAGGCAGAGCUUGGAAUUUUUGGAAAGAAGGCAAGAGCAUGGAGUUGAUGGAUUCAACAUUGAGUGCCUCAUGUUCAAGCAGUGAAGUUACGAGAUGCAUUCAGAUGGGUCUUUUGUGCGUGCAAGAAAGAGCUAUGGAUCGACCAAACAUGUCAGAUGUUGUUUCGAUGCUAAGCAAUGAAACAAUUGCUCUGCCUCUUCCAAAAGAACCUGCAUUUUUGAGUCAAUUAAGUUCCACUGAUGCAGAUUCAUCUUCAAGUAGGCAAAGACAUCGAUCGAGAAAUGACAUAACGAUUUCAGAUGUAGAUGGCAGGUAGUAAUUACUAGCAAGCUAGAAUUUCCAAGGCAUAAUUGUUCAUAACCAAGUUCAUUUA